CUCAAUCUUCUUCACCAGACCAUCACUUCUCUUUCAUCUUCACCAGACCAACCGUUCCAUCUGCAAGCAUGACGCACACGAGCUUCAGCCGCUUGGUGGUAACUACUGCUCUGCUCGCAAGCAUUGCAUCGGCAAGCCCUGUCUUGACGCAUGAGUCCAAGAUUGGCGACCGCGUAGUCAAGCGCAACAUUGUCCAGGGAGCUUGCAGCGAGGAAGACUUUGGACGCUUUGCCGCCGACUACUCUGCUGGUAUUGUCUAUGCUAACAGAGUGAAUGAUAUCAUCAACGAAGACAGUUUCUACCUGGCCACGUUCUGGCCUAGCGACAGGCUGACGGAGGAGGACGUCGAUAAUUACAAGACCAAUUACUUGCAGCCAUAUGCGGGCUUGUCCAACGCCGGCGAUAUCACGGUUAAUAUCAACUGCCGUAAUACUGCGAAUGAAGCCUGUACUCAGCAACCCGAGAAUGCUCCACCGGGCUACGUGAGCUACGCCGUGACGAAUCCUGAUGAUGACAGUAUAACACUGUGCGAUGAAUAUUUUACUCUGCCACCGGAUUCCGUUGCGAAUGAGGCGUGGUGUAGCGAGGAUCCAAUCCGUUCGCUCGAUGAGUUCGAAACUGGAGGUUUCACACUCUUGCACGAAUUCAGCCAUCUAGAUUACAGACUCCAGCCUCGACUUCUGGACUACGCAUACGGAUCGGCGCGAUGCGCAGACUUGGCGGAGGAGGAUGGCGAAGCAGCGUAUAACAACGCAGAUAGCUGGAUGCUCAUCGCCCUUGGAACGUACUGGGCGGACAAGUGCGGCCGUGAUAUUCCUUCGAGUGAGGAAUAGGAGGAUUGGAUGUGCGCUGGCUCUUUCUAUUAUCAAUGGGCGAGGGUAUCGUUGGCCAUAGCCAUCAAUCCCUCGAGAAACCCUGAAUAAGCGCC